CUGACCAUGGCCACAGACUUCACACUGUGAAGUUCACAGACAAUAACCUCGAUGGCUCGAUAAAAAACUUACUUAACUAUAUUUUUAUUUAAGCACGGUAAAAAUUACUAUUUUUAUCCAACCUCGUAUCAGAAAUCAGAAAAUUAAUAACAAAAUACCAAGGUACAUUCAAACAUAAAACAUGCUUGAUUACAAAGAUAAAGUCAUACUUGCACCUAUGGUGAGAAUAGGAACAUUACCGAUGCGGUUGUUAGCACUACGUUAUGGUGCUGAUAUUGUAUAUACAGAAGAAUUAAUUGACUGGAAAUUUUUGCGUUCCCGGCGCAGAUACAACGAAAUACUUAAUACUGUAGAUUAUGUGGACCAGACAGAUGGUACUAUAGUAUUCAGAACAUGCUCUGAAGAGAAAGAAAAAGUUGUCCUGCAACUUGGAACAUGUGAUGCUACAAGGGCUCUGAAAGUUGGAAAAUUGGUCGAAAAUGAUGUUGCUGCAAUUGAUAUAAACAUGGGAUGCCCUAAAGAAUUUUCCAUCAAGGGUGGAAUGGGAGUUGCUCUCAUGGCACAACCUGAUAAAGCUUAUGAUAUACUGAAAACUUUAGUAAGCAAUCUUUCCAUACCUAUUAGUUGUAAAAUAAGAAUAUUUGAAAAAGCAGAAGACACUCUGAAAUUAGUGGACACCUUGGUGAGUGCAGGGAUAAAAGCAAUAGCUAUUCAUGGUCGAACCCGAGAUGAGAGGCCUCAGCAUGCUGUCCACCCUGAUAUUAUACACUAUGUUGCUGAAAGAACAUCAAUACCUGUCAUUGCUAAUGGCGGUUCUAAAGAUAUUGAAAAGCACAAUGACAUCGAGAAAUUUAAAGAUGUCACAGGUUGCUCUAGUGUGAUGAUUGCACGAGCAGCUGAAUGGAAUUGUUCGAUCUUCAGAAAGGAAGGGUUACUCCCCAUGGAUGAUGUAAUAAGAGAAUAUCUUAAAUUAGCUGUUGACUAUGACAACUCACCCUCUAACACAAAAUAUUGUGUACAAAAUAUACUUAGAGAUUUACAAGAAACACCAAGAGGACGACAAUUCUUAGACUGCCAAACAUUGGAGCAAAUAUGUUACAUUUGGGAUUUAGGAGAAUACUGCAAAGAGAAACAAUCACAAUAUCACAAGAUGGGAAUCCAAGGCAGAUGGCAAGUUUCACCAAAUGAAUUAGAACCACCUCAGAAAAAAUUUAAAUCUGUGGAUAACCUUGAAAAUGUCACACAAAUGAAGUUUCUUUUAUUUCAGGUGUGUUUUAUUCGUGCGAACUUCAAUGAUUUAAAUUUACCCAAGUCACGAUUACAUGCAUGGGCUGGGAAGAAUGGACUUAAGUUGCCUGUAUAUGAAACCCAGCAAAUAGAAAAAUUAUUUAGAACAGUUAUAACAUUUGAUGGACAAAAAUUUACAUCAAGCUUUUGGGAGAAAAACAAAAAAUUUGCAGAACAAGGUGCAGCAUUAGUUUGUUUACAUAAGCUUGGUUUAGUAUCUGAAGAAGAUUUGAUAAAAUUGGGUAGUGUUAUAAAAUAAAAUCAUAAGUCA